UCAGACAGUCGCUGUUCAACCCAUCGCCAGACACGUAGCGCACGGUGUGCGUCAGAAGUUUCGCACUCACUUCGUGUUGCCCGUCGCAUCGAUUUGUGCCUCGUACUUAUCCUCUUGCGUGUUGACCACUGUACUUACCCCAAGAGGAGAAAUCGCGAUUGUCGCGAGCCACGAUCCAGACUGCGAGCGAUCCUGCUCCGUCAGGGCGUCUCGCUUGGAAUUUUAUUCAGUUUUACUGUUUUUUUAGAAACCUAAAACAAGUGAUUAGAGCAAUCAGACUACGGAUUUUUUUACCGUGCUUCUGUGUGAAAUACUAAUUUUGUGUGUGAAUAUAACCAAAUGGUUGUGCUCGAGGACGGCAGUAUGUUGACCACAGGACACAAUCAGUACCUUCAACCAGACUACCUGUCUCCGGUUCCACCGACACAGCUGGAUGCUAAGAAGAGCCCUUUGGCCCUUCUUGCCCAGACAUGCAGUCAGAUCGGUGCGGACUCGCCGACGAAGCCCCUGCUCUCGUCACUGGACAAGCCAUCCAAAGGCUCGUCCUCGGGAGUGAGCGCUCGCUCGCCGCCGGCAGCCAAACUCGAGCGGACGCGCAGCAGCCCAUCCGAUGGCAAGUCAUCCUCGAACUCGAACCUCGCGUUCAAGCCUUAUGAGACGAACGUGGUGUCCACCAAGCGUUCCUCGGGAGACGAGGCCUCCUCGAGGCCCGGCUCCAAAGCCAGCAGUGUACACAGUGUCAGUGGACAUGAUAGUAGUGCGAACAAUAGUGCUAGUGAUGACGCGAACAACAACGUCCACAACAGCAGCAGCAACCACAACCAUACGAGCAGUAAAAAGAGCCGAUCCACGCCUCAGGGCCGCAAAUCGGCAUCGCCCAGCCAGCAGCCGUCGGUAGCUGGAAGAAACAGCAGCAGUCCCAGCAGCAGUGCGGAGCGAAAGACCCCGGCUGAGAGCCGCGACAAAUCGAGUGCGUCGCCCAGAAACAACAGCGGGGCCAGCCCCAUCAUCCGCUCGGGUAUGGAGAUCCUCUCCGGCCACGCAAGCCACAAGGAUCCGACUGGCGGCCUCUACAAAUCCGGCAUCGGUGCCUUCGGCGCCAACCCCCUCUGCUGCCCGCCAGGACUCGACCCCGCUGCCUUCCGGCCCCCCUACACCGGUGCCUCGGCCUUCUCGCACCACCACGCCGCAGCGGCCGCCGCCCUGCUUGGCUACCCCGGAGUAACGAGUGCGUCGACGCCCACCAGCAGCCCGUACCUGAGCUACGCACGCAUCAAGACGUCCACGGGCGGCGAGACCCUCGUCCCGGUCUGCAAGGAUCCUUACUGCACGGGUUGCCAGUACAGCGUGCACAACAGCCAACUCCAGCAGAUGAUGGCCGCGGCCGCGGCCGCCAGUGCGCCCACGACUUGCCCGAGCGGCUGCACACAGUGCGACCACCAAAAGUACAGUAACCUCAUGGGCCUGUCCGGGCUGGGCCCGAUGCCACCCCCGCCGUCGCUCGCUGGCUACUCGCUGCCUUCCCCAUCGUCCUCGGCUGCGGCGGCGGCGGCCGCUGCUGCAGCUGCCGCUGCCUCCGGAGGCAGGCCGCACGUCUGUAGUUGGAUGGCUGGGGACUCCUUCUGCGGGAAGCGCUUCACGACUGGGGAGGAGCUGCUCCAACACCUGCGUACCCACACCAACGCUAGUUCGCCCACGGAUCCGGCAACCACAGCGGCCCUCAUGUCCGGUCAGCACGCGACCCACCCCCUGCUCAUGUCGACAGCGGCGCUGCACAGGGCCGCUGCGGCGGCUGCGACGGGCAGUUACCCCGCGCCAUCGCUCAGCCCGCUGAGCGCGAGGUUCCAUCCCUACGGAAAGCCCCCGACGGGCCCGCCGCUCCCAGCCUCGUUGGCCGCUUCGCCGUACAGCGCCUUCAACCCUCUGGGGCCCUACUACUCUCCGUAUGCCCUCUACGGGCAGAGGAUCGGUGCCGCGGUGAACCCGUAAAUCAGUGCUGGGAUAGUGGUGCCCGAGUGUUUAAAUGGAGGAGGACUGAGUGCUAAGUGAAGACUGAGGUGGCGAAGAAUACAAUACACACACAAGUGACUGCGAUAUCGUUUCGAUUUUCUUUUACCUCAUUUUGUAUGCCUCUGUGUUGGAGUUUAUUAUUAUUAUUUUUUUUUUUUCGGGGCACGACGAAUCACCUAUUGUUAAUCAUGGACGCAUGUCGUCCUAAUAACGGUUUAAUUUUGUUUCUUUUAUCGCGAGUAGAAUGCGUGACAUUCGAUUGAUUGUAAGUAUUUUGUCUUGCGAUGUUCCGAUAACGCUCGAGUGCAAUGCAUGUGAAGGAAGAGCGUGAGGAGGAGGAGGUGAAAAGGACGAAACGAUCGUUUUGUGUUUCUUUUCUUUUAAAAAAAAAUUUUUUUUUUAGAACGAAGUUCUUUAUUUUUUGGAACUUUUACUGUUCUCCUGUUUCGAGCGAGGAGCGUGCAAAAUGUAUAAAGGCCGGCAGAGUCGCCUCUUGCGGUCGAUCGUCCCUCGACGGAGACAUUUAGCUGUGAUAUUGUAUCGUUCUCUCGAAGCUAGGGCGAGUCAAGCGAGUACGUUUCGUUUCCCUUUUUUUUUUUUUUUUUUUUUGUCUAAAGUUGCAUUGAAAUCAUGUGUGCUCGCGUGUGCACGGGUAAUUUAUAGUUUAUGAACAGCGUCGUUUAAUUUAUUUGCGAUUCUCGAGAGAAUCGGAGUGCGGAAGAUGUUGAAAUUAGGAAAAAAGCAAAAUAAAAAACAAAAACACAUGUAAUGGCGUGUACUCGGCGGGAAUAGAGUAUAGGAUGCGGACACCAUCGAAAGAGUAUUUCGUCCAUCCGGUAUCGUAUAACGAAGCGCACACGAUGUAAGAUAAGAGCGUUAACAAGUCUUUCGAGGCUCCGAUGCAAUAUACAUUAUAUUAUGUGCGUAUCUUCCAACGACGAAAUAGUAUCUCAUAUAUUAUCAUAUGUACAAGUCUAUGGUCCGAGACUUCGAGGAUCGCUGGAGGAGUGUAUGAGCGCACACGUGUCUAUAUCUCUGCGAGAUAAUUUCAUUAUUACACGUAUAAUUGUCAUGGAUAUACGAGCACUGUAAAUACAACUUGUAAAUAUCGUUGAGUUUCCAUACCGCUUUAAUAAAAACACGUUUGUAGAAUUA